UCCACAUUCAGUGCUCCCUCUUGCGCGCGCGGUGAGCAGCAGCAGCAGCAGCAAAUGCUUCGGCGCUUCUCUGACGCACCAUCGGAGAUGAGCAUCCCAGUCCCACAGGCUGUCAAGGCAGACUCUCUCGACAUCUCCCCCUCGGACCUCUGUGGUCGAGCUUUCAGCAUCAGCUCUGUUUGUUUUUAGUCUGUUCCCGUAUCGCUUCCUUGUCUGUGCAAUUUGUCACAUUCUGCGUUUGGCGUCUGGGAUGCCCACAGUUGCCAUCUCUUGGCUGGGAAUUUACUUCGGAGGUGAUUUUUUGUAUCCGCAUCAACUGUCAUCGAAAGUGACUGAUUUCUGUCUACACUUACGGGGGUCUUCACCUUGUUUUCGGGGCAUCCUUCAGGACAUUCGUGUGCUUCUAAGAUAAGUGAUUAAAUCAAAUUAAAGGUGAAAAGGAGGGCUGAAUUGGAGGGCUGUUUUGACAGGAGAUCGUUUGGAUGACGGACAUCGAGAGGCAAUAGCUCUCCUUCUGCAACGCGAAUCUCUGCGUCCUUGGAAUAUUCUUACAGAGGCGCCGUUAUAGAGUAGUAACAUUUUUCCCAGUUUGCAGUCAUAAUCCACACGACCAGUUUGCCCACUGCAGGGGCUGCUGCGGCUUUCGUGUCUGCUCUGUUUUGAAAUACGAUUUCAUUGACGGGCGGGCGUCUGAGCAUCCCGGACGAGCCCGAAUUUGCGAUGCCCAACCAGUGAGGGUACGGUGGGAUCUCAUUUGGUCACCCUGCACGGUCGCAUGGCUCCAGCCCGGAGGGACUGCAGCGGCUGGGAGAUGUUUCUCCCGACGGGAUGCCUGCUCCUCUCAGUUUUGCUAUUUCACCCUGCCCUGGCCAAGGUGUGUAACGACCGCACCAAACACGGACAGGACAACAGCUGGUUCGCCAGGGACGGGGAAAACUUGCCCAUCAUGGUUCUUAUGCCAAUGAACGAAUCGGCCUUGAUGAGCAGCAUCAGCCAAGGGAUCGAGCCGGCGGUCCAACUGGCCAUCCAGCACAUACGGGAGUCCAGGAAGUACUCGUUCUCACUCAUCACCAAAAUCUACGACACCGAGUGUGACAACGCCAAGGGGCUGAGGGCCUUCUUUGAUGCUAUAUGCUACGGUCCCAAACACCUGAUGAUCUUCGGUGGCGUCUGUCCCUCUGUGACCUCCAUCAUUGCAGAGUCCUUGGAGGGCUGGAAUCUGGUGCAGCUGUCCUUUGCAGCAACAACCCCAGUUCUGGCAGACAAGAAAAAAUACCCCAACUUCUUCCGCACCGUCCCAUCAGACAACGCCGUGAACCCAGCAGUAGUGAAGUUCCUCAACUACUACAACUGGAGCCGAGUGGGUACCCUCACACAGGAUGUUCAGAGGUUCUCAGAGGUGAGGAAUGAUCUAACUAAUGAGCUGGAGAAAGCAGACAUUCAGAUCGCAGAUACAGAAAGUUUCUCCAAUGACCCCUGUGUCAAUGUCAAGAAGCUCAAGGAUAACGAUGUGAGAAUCAUCAUUGGACAGUUUGACGAGAACCUGGCCUCCAAAGUCUUCUGCUGUGCGUAUAACCUGAACAUGUUUGGGAGUAAAUACCAAUGGAUUAUCCCCGGCUGGUACCAGGGCAACUGGUGGGAGCAGGCCAACACUACCAACUGCACCACCAAGAAGCUGCUUACAGCCAUGGAGGGAUACAUCAGUGUGGACUUUGAGCCGCUCAGUGCUCGGCAGAUCAAGGGCAUCUCUGGCAGGACCCCUAAGGAAUAUGAGAGGGAGUACAGCCAAGAGCUUCAGCAGAAAGGUGUUGAGGCCAGCAAGUUUCACGGGUUUGCCUACGACGGGAUCUGGGUCAUUGCUAAAACUUUUACUCGAGUGAUGGAACUGCUCCGCGUAAAACAACGGCAGAACACCUACCACAACUUCACUGUAGAUGACCGUGAGGUGGGAAAACUGGUGCUGGACGUCAUGAACGAGACCAACUUCUUUGGUGUCACAGGCCAAGUCAUGUUUCGGAACGGAGAGAGAAUGGGCACAAUAAAAUUCAACCAGUUUCAAGAGGGCCAGGAAGUGAAGGUGGGAGAGUACAACGCAAUUGCUGAUGUGCUGGACCUCAUCAACACCUCCAUACGGUUCCAAGGUUUGGAGCCUCCUAAGGAUCGUACAUUUGUGCGUCUACAGCGCCGCCACAUCAACGUGCCCCUCUACAGCAUCCUGUCCACCAUCACCAUACUGGGCAUGCUCAUGGCGGGGGCCUUCCUGUUCUUCAACAUCAAGAACCGCAACCACAGACUGAUAAAAAUGUCCAGUCCCUACAUGAACAACCUGAUCAUCCUCGGUGGCAUGCUCUCCUACGCCUCCAUCUUCCUGUUUGGUCUGGAUGGAGGUUUCGUCUCUGACAAGGAGUUUGAGACCCUCUGCACUGUUCGGACAUGGAUCCUCAUUGUUGGAUACACAACAGCUUUUGGUGCCAUGUUUGCCAAGACUUGGAGGGUGCAUGCCAUCUUCAAAAAUGUCAAGAUGAAGAAGAAGAUCAUAAAGGACCAGAAGUUGUUGAUUAUCGUUGGUGGGAUGCUGCUCAUCGACUUGUGCAUCCUGAUUUGCUGGCAGAUUGUGGACCCGCUUAAAAGGACUGUAGAAGAGUACAGCUUGGAGGCGGACCCCCAAGGCCGAGACAUUGCCAUCCGUCCCUUCUUGGAGCACUGUGAAAACACCCACAUGACCAUUUGGCUGGGCAUCGUCUAUGCCUACAAGGGACUGCUAAUGUUGUUCGGCUGUUUCCUGGCAUGGGAGACCAGGAACGUGAGCAUCCCUGCUCUCAAUGAUAGCAAAUACAUUGGGAUGAGCGUUUACAACGUGGGCAUCAUGUGCAUCAUCGGUGCUGCUGUCUCUUUUCUGACAAGGGACCAGCCCAAUGUUCAAUUCUGCAUUGUGGCACUGGUGAUCAUCUUUUGCAGCACCAUCACGCUCUGUUUGGUAUUCGUUCCAAAGUUUAUCACUAUGAGAACCAACCCAGAUGCGGCCACCCAGAACCGGAGACUAAAGUUCACCCAGAACCAGAAAAAGGAAGACUCCAAGACCUCCACCUCAGUCACCAGCGUUAACCAGGCUAACACUUCACGUCUGGACGGGCUUCAAACUGAUAACCACCGCCUCCGCAUGAGGAUAACAGAGCUGGACAAAGAGCUGGAAGAAGUAACCAUGCAGCUGCAGGACACCCCGGAGAAAACUCCUUACAUCAAACAGAACCAUUACCCGGAUGCCAACAACAUCCUCAGCAUACGCAACUUUACGGAUGGAAAAGAUGGAGAGAAGUCGAUACUAAAGAACCACCUGGAGCAGAAACCUCAGGCGCAGUGGGGCUCCAUGGAUCCUUCCAGAAUAAACAGAGGUCCCCUGGAGGAUAUCAACUCACCUGAACACAUACAGCGUCGAUUGUCCUUGCAGCUGCCCAUCCUGCACCAUGCUUACUUACCUUCCAUAGGAGGGGUUGAUGCCAGCUGCACCAGCCCCAACGGCAGCCCUGGUUCCAGCCCACGGCACAGACACAUGCCCCCCUCCUACCGGGUGAUGGUCUCUGGCCUGUGAGCUUCAUUUUCUCCCCCACCUGGCUCUUUACAGAGGAGACAUAUAUGGUUCUUUUUUCUACAACAAAUAGACUGAUAUCAUCAGCGUAUGUGCGUAUUUUGUCUCAGAACAAGGAUAACAGUGGGAGAAGAAAGGGAAGGGGUGGGGCGGGGGGGCGAGUUUCACUCUUCGUACCUCUUCAUCCCGGCCAAUCUUGAGAACUGAAACCCUCAGUCAGGUAGGGGUGGGAGGAGACAGAGUGGGCACUGGAUGACCCUUACAAACUCCCAUGAUUCACAGCAAUGUCCCCUUGUUCAUCUGCUCCUCUCGCCUAGGCAUAUACACAUAUGCACAGUCAAACAAACACAAACAUACACAAAUACAUACACAUGCACAAACACACUGACACCAGAAUAGCAGAACAGCGGUGGACCAGCCCUGACCUGACGUGUAGCCUUAUCUGCUUCAGAGGGGGGGUUGUCUGUUUCUGUUCCUUAACUGUUGUAUGUUUGUGCUCGCUGCUACAUGUGAGCUUCUCAUCUAACUUGAGUAUUUCACUGCUUCAGUGACUGGAUACCGGGGUGGAGACAUGGAAUUUACAAAACCCUACAAAGGAAAUCAUCCAAUUUACUCCCUGUCCCCUUCCCAUCCUUGUGGAGACAUGUAAAUAUCAACAUUUCUGACUUUGGUGUACUGUAAGCUUUGUAUAUGCUGUGAAUGGACAAUUAAAGGGGUUCUAAGUGUGGAGCUUGUAACAGAGGCAGGUAAUCGUUAAAAUUACAAAUGAAAGCUUAGAAAACAUGGCACCCAACAAAGAACUAGACAUACGUAUGAAAGAGAUGUGAAUUGGUUUGCGUAACUGUUGAUAAAUCAGCUUGUGGGCAGCAAAGUAAGAGACAUCAAAGUGUCAGUGAGUCACAGAACAUGAGAAGGCACCAGGGGCCCAUUCCUUUAACUCUGAGUAAGAUGCACAUGGCUCCUUUUUUUUUUCACUUUGCUAAAUUUGCACCACUGGUCUCAUCAGAGAUUUCACAUCAGACUUUACAUAGGCCUUUCAUAGUUUACAACUUGCAUAAUAUGUCCUCAGAAAGCAUGUUAUACAGAAUAUUGAUGCUAUGCCUUUUAAAACAGGUCUCCAAGGCUGCAUAUGUUAGAAAAUAGAGCUAAAAAAAAAACACCACAAGAGUGUUCCACAGAUGUUAUUUAUGUGUGUUAUAUGCCAAGAAAUGCACACAUUCAGAUGUACACUUAAAACUGCAAGAGAGCACCUUAUGAGUCAGGUGCUUUUCAGUAAGGCAUUAGUGACGGGCCUGGUCAUAUUGAUCCCCGCAGAGCGGUCUCCAUAGACUGUUAAGAUGUCCAUCACAGCUAACCAGCACAGACAAAGGUGACGGGGUUCAUGUCAAUGGCAAAAAGGGCACAAGACUGAAACAAAAUGACUUCUCUGGAGAAGAAAUAAAACUCAAGAUGUGAUGCUGGGAAGGAUGUAGGUCUACCAGUUCUACAACUAGUUUGGAUUAAGACCUGAAUUUCCACGAGCGGUAGUGAAGACGUUGAACACGUGGGAGCCUUGUGGAAUAAGCCCCAACCGGCUGUAGCUUUCAGUUCCAAGAUGGUGAUGGUGACACCAACGCUGGUCACACGGUGAUAGAGCAUAAAGCACAGACACAGGGCUUUCUUUCAUAUUGAGUGUCAUGAAGAAUCACUUCACACAUAGCAACAGUGAAUAUACCUCAGUUGCUAUGGAGAUUCAGUGCUGUUGAACUCGGCCCAAGAAGGCUGCACUGAGCAAAUAACAGUCGUCAUUUGUUUUUCUUUGUUUUAUUUCUUUUCUUUUCUUUUUUCUUUUGGUAAAACUGUCCUCAUGCAGGAGAAAAGCAAACAGGGACUCCGGACAAAAAAAAAAAAAUUGACUUUUUAUGGAGUGUGAGAAGCGAAUUUGUUCUCAGCAUAUGUUUCACCAUUGGUGUCUUGGUUUUUAGUUUUUAAGGCGUCUGUUGAGCGCUGUGCCUGUUGUCUUAUAUUGUAGCCUGCAGGAUCCACAGUACAUAAAUAGGGUGAAAAUGGCGCUGACCCAGGAAACUACUACGACAUUGGCCACACAUCUGUAAAUUGUACAACGUGUCAUAGAUUUAUUUAAAUUCAAUGCCUCAAUGCAUGGGACAGUGUGGGAGAACUUGGUGAAAGCUCCACGUCAGCUGGAGUGAAAUUCCUCCGCAAACUGGCGUCUGAUCAUAAAUACUGUCAAACAGUCUUAAGCUGAAAAGGAUACAGAGUCGGAGUGGGAGACAAGCUGGCAGAAAUCCACCUGCUAUCUAUCGGACACAUCAAGGUGACUUCCUGUGAGAGCUCCUCCCCUUCCAGCCCCUGCUGAGCACAGGAGCAGGGAAACCCCGAGCACAGACCUCCAAGGAGUCACGGCUUCUCCCGGACCUUGGCCAACCAGAGAAUCACGGUCACUUGACAAGUGAGUGAGAGACAUUGUCAGAGAGUUGGUUCUUCCUUCAGGAGAAGAAAAACCAACUGCACAUUUUAUAUAUUACAUUAUAUGUGAUUGUGUACAAUUUGCUGAUACCCUGAUGAUGGUGUCCAUGUAUGGAAUAUUUGGUAUUUGGCUUUCUCAAGACGGCAUGAAUUGAAAUGUAUAAUUCACAGAGUUACCUCUGUUUUUGCAACUGUCGUGACAAAUCCACUCUGUUGUUUCAUCCUCUCACCUACAAUUUGGUUUCCUUAAAAAAAAAAACAUGAAUUUAAGUUCUCUUAACCUACUGAUCAGCUCACACACGUCAAUGCCAAGAUUCUCAGUAGACAAACUCAACAUCACCAUAUCGACUAUGCUACUGGUUUAGCAGUAAUUCACUGAGGGCAAUAAAGUGAAAGUAGCAGCAAACGAUCAAUCCUAAUAACCCACUCCUGACAUUUACCAAAUUACAAAAUGACUUUUUUAGUCCAUCUAAAAUGCCAAAUGCAGAUCAUCAGGUAUGGUUCUGUUUUUUAAAUGUGCCCUGAUUAUUUUUUUUUUCUUUUCUUUUAUUAUGAUUAAUUUUUAACCUUUUUUCAACAUGGAUGAAAAAUUGUUCAAAUGCAAUUGUGGUAGGUCAAGGGCUCAUAAUUUCCUGUAAUAAAUAACGUCAUGCUGAUGGUUUGUAUUUGCAACAGGUCUUUUUACCUUUUUAGUUUGAAGAUCAAGUGACAUAUACGUAUAUAAUUAUAUCUUUGUAUGUGUCAUCAUCAGGGUUUCUGGAGAAUACGAAACAUACAUGUCCAAAAAUAUAACAAUAUGACGUAUAUAUUUAGUGAAAAAAAAA